AUGGCCCCCAUGGCGAGACCACAGGCAAUCUUCCACAAGUCUUCAGGAUCUCACGUAUCAUCCCACGAAGAUGGCGACCUCGCGCGCGUAUUUGUUGGCCGCGGCGACAAGAUGAAGGAGUUCCGAAUCAACAAGCAGAAGCUCAGCAACGCUGCUCCCUUCUUCGAGGAUCAACUGGAUGCCACACCAGCCGGCAUCGUCAAGGUAUCAUCCAACCAGACACCGGUACCAGUAUGGCUGCCUCAACAAAAGUCGACCAUCCACCUUCCGAACGAGUCCGCCUCCAUGUUCGAGCUCUUUGUCGUGUGGCUCCAUCACCGCGACGGUUUCCGUCGACACCUCGACGAGAUGAUCAACCUCGUCAGCGACGCCCCCGGCGUCCCCUGCCAGCGUCUGCACUGGGCUCUGGUCCGCCUUCACAUCUUCGCCGCCAAGCUCGAUCUGCACCACCUGCAAGACCUGGCCAUCGACGCGCUGCAAGACAUAUACCUCCGCUGCGACUGGGAUGUCACCCCUCGGUUCGUCGAAUUCGUGUACGAGCAGUGUGAUGCCGAGGCGUCGAUGCGGAUCAGAAGGUGGGCGGUGGCCAUGGUCGCCUGGUCUGUCGCCGGGGGAUCCUCGUCGACGAAGGGGGACGGCGGGCUCGAGAGGUUCCGGGACAUGUUCGAGCGGUUCCCCGACUUUGCCACGGAGUACACUUCGCACCUGCGCAAGAUGAAGUCGAGCAAGCUAGACACCCGUAUCAAGAACCCGCAGCUGCGAAUCCCGGCGAACAAGCUCCGCAACGAAGAGAGGCAGUUCGGCUUCCGGCAGUGUUCGUUCCACAGCCACCGCGCGGCCGUCGGCGAGCGCAGGUGUCCCCAUACCACAGCCAGCAGGGAGCUGGAUAACUUCCUCCUGGUGCCGCUGGUCAUGGAGAUCGCUCCGGCCCCGAAUUCCGGCCGUUCCCACCGGGACGUGCCACAACACCUGCGCCAGAAGAGAAUGGCUCACACGGCGCAGGCAUACUAG